AUGGAAAUCCAGGCACUUUUUGAUGGACAUUUUAUCAAAUAUUCAUAUACCUCAUUUGUGCCACAAGUAAUGGAGCAAUGCCAUACUACAAUGAUAAUGAACAAAAUAAACAUCAAGGAAUGGAAAGAAAACUUAUAUUUCACAAUUUCACAGAACUUUAUUGGAACAAGAUAGAUUUUCCACGCGGUAGCUUUAUGAUAACAAGGUGGACCAUGUGAAAGAAGAUCUUAUCCUUCCCAAAGUACAAAUAUCAAUCAAAACAUUACAUCAGCCUAAUUAAGCUGUUUACAACAAUAUAUCUAUUUAGAAAAAAAAAAAAAAUGAACAUCGAAAAAUGUACUGCGAAUCGUGUUAGAAUACAUUUCAUAUAAAACAUAUAUAGUUACACUGUACAAUAUUAUUUACGAUAUAAAUAAUGAUUUUUCAAUAUUAUUUACAACAUUGAAAAAUUAUUGUUAAAGAUAUAUGUUUAAAUAUAGCAAUAAGAUAAUUUCUCGAAGCUUUCGCGUAAUUUCUCUAAAUUUUUUUCCGAGCUGUAUUUUAUCUUUAUGAUUGUUAAAAUGAAAUAAACUAAAUUUUUACGGCCUAAUGAAUGUAACGAAUGUAACGAAUGUAAAAAUGAAUUUCGAAUAAAGCAAUUUGAAUAUUUAUUUUUUGAUAAGCGUUGUCAAGCGCGAUGUUAUCAGAAAUGGAAAUCUUUAUAUUAUUUAUAUACACUCCAUAUUAAUUAAUUACCUUAACUAUUGUAAUAUUAAAUAAAAAAUGUUAAUUAAACACAAAAUAAUUGCUGUAAUCCCCCCCUCCCCCAAAUAGAGGUGUUUUUCAUAUCAUCAAUUGUAUAAUCUAUUAAAUUUUGUCGGAUAUUUACUAAAAUUUAACAAUGUACGCUCCAUGUGGAAAAAACUCCAAGGCUAUAUCAUAUUUAUACAUAGCAUAUCUAGCUUUCUUUCAUCUUAGUUCUAUUA